UAGGAGCUCUUCGUACUUUCUGCAAAACUUCACAAGAAAAAAGCCACUUGCAGCAGCAGCAGCAGCAGUAGCAGCCAUGUUCGUUUGGAGCGCAAUCACACUCGGUCUAGUCGCUCAACUGGCACAGGCAGCCUCGGUGCCAUGCGAUCCCAAAGUGUUGGACGAGGCCUCGACACACAUCAUCUUCCUGUCUAGUAACAUAGAUUUUCCGAUAACGAGCGAAGGCCUUACCGAGUCAUGUCCUAAAAGCUUCAGUGCACUUCAGACCGCUAACGAUUACGUGGACAACUGCGUCGGAGGUCUCGCUAAAGGCAUGCUAAAGCUCGUCUUCGAGGGCGCAAGCAAAGAAAUAAACAGCAAGUGCGUCGAGGGUGCAAAAGAGCGUGAAGAAUAUCUGAAUAUGGCUGAGUGCAUUAUUCUGAAGGCCGGUAAACCUAUUCAGGCUUGUAAUGCUAAGGUGAACGCCAUCUUUGAAGCAACUCUCGCCAAGCCCAAAAAGGACCGCAUCCCGCUCAGCUGCUGUUACAUGAAUGAACUUUACGAAUGUGUCCAAAACGCGUCAUCGAUCUGUGGUAAGGACGCCGAGGUUCUCACCAAGAAUAUUAUUGACAACUACGCUGGUGAGCUCACGGACUCCGUGUGUGCAGCCUGGCGCCCAGGAAGUAAUAAAUGCAACGCUCUGCCAAAAAUCAAGCCCGUUUCGAAGCCGACCUAUCAAACUUUCGUGCCAUCUUUAGUUGAAGUCCUCUCUUCCCUCUCGAAUUAAGUGCGGCCUAUAGACGUCACUACAGUGCGCCCUGGGCGAUACAUUUCCACAGGACAAUCAGACUGUCGAUCUUACUUAUGUAUCACUUGCCAUUGUUCAUGCAAUUUCCGUAAAUAAAAAAAAGUAUGCACGCUUCAUA